AUGAGGACGCCGGUCUCACAUUUUCUCUCGGCCCUGCUGUUAUUGCAGACAUGCGCAGCUGGGCCUGGGAAGCCGCUCACCGAUCAAACAGCAUCUGGGGCAAUCGGCCACGAUCCGGACCACGAAUUUACGUUCCAGACAGGGGAAGCAGAACCCCGACCCAUGAAUCAUCGAGUUGAACAUGCCUGGAAUACCCUUCGCACAAUUAAGAACCCAGUCCUUCAAUCCGACAAGUCAAGAGGAUUACUAGGAACUGCCGUGUACUAUGGGCGCCAAACAGUCCGAUUGCUAUUCUUGAAUGGCCCUUCGACAGAAAAACCCGAGCAAAAACUGAACAAACAUCUCACGGGAGCAGUGGAGGAGUUAAGAACAGCCGCAGACGAAGACCGGGACCCGAAUGCGAUGUUCCUGCUAGCAGAGAUGAACUUCUAUGGCAACUUCUCCCAUCCCCGCGAUUUCAAAGAGGCCUUUCGCUGGUACCAUGAACUUGCAUGGCUGGACGGAAACAACACAGCGCAGAACAUGGUCGGGUUCAUGUAUGCGACGGGAAUCGGCGGUGCGGUCGAACCAGACCAGGCAAAGGCCCUGAUGUACCAUGAGUUUGCAGCAGAAGCAGGGAACAUCCGUUCGGAGAUGACACUUGCGUAUCGCUACCACACUGGCAUUGGGACACCGAAGGAUUGUGAUCACGCGAUCCAUUACUACAAGAAGGUUGCAGACAAGGCGAUCGAGUACUACCGUUCAGGCCCUCCGGGUGGUAGGGCUUUGGUUCGAGAAUCUUAUCGUUGGGCAGAUGAGGAAGGUGGUGUCUACGGUCCAGGAGCCAGUGUGUCGAGCUCGGGCCAAAAUGCGCGAGACCCUGCCAAUGCCACUCCUGAGGCCAGCGUGGAAGAUAUCCUGGAGUACUUGGACCUCAUGUCCCGGAAGGGUGAGCUGAAGGCUACGUACACCCUCGGUAAAAUGAAUUUCGAGGGUGCCCGGGGCUUGCCGCGGAAUUUCCGACGGGCUAUGAGUCAACUCAAACCCCCUGCAGGGCUUGAUAAGCUGGCGUCCAAGGCCGCAGGACAUAUUGGUCUUAUGUACCUUCGCGGAGAGGGGGUUGAACAACACUUCCUGACUGCCCUCACAUGGUUCCGGCGGGGUAUUGCGAACGGGGACUCUCUGUGCCAACAUUGGAUGGGUCUUAUGUAUCUCAAGGGCUAUGGAGUUCCUCAGGAUGGCUUCAAGGCAUCUCACUACUUCAAAGCAGCGGCAGAGCAGGACUCCCCGGCGUCAGAAUCACGAUUGGGCGCUCUAUUCUUGGACCAAGGAGAUAUCGCAACCGCAACACGUUACUUCGAGCUUGCUGCCCGCUGGGGAUGGAUGGAGGCAUACUAUUACCUAGCUGAAAUGGCCCACUUCGGUGUUGGCAGACAGCGGCACUGCGGCGUGGCCGCCGCCUACUACAAAAUGGUUGCCGAAAAAGCAGAGAUCGUUCACUCAGCUUUCGUGGAGGCAAACGCUGCUUACGAGUCUGGUGAUAAGGAGGGUGCUCUCAUUCCAUCGAUGAUGGCAGCAGAGCAGGGCUAUGAGAAUGCACAGGCAAAUGUGGCUUAUCUUCUUGACGAACAUCGCUCUGUGCUCUCGCUCAGUUCCAUUCUUCCAUGGGCUGAGAAGGCUCGGUCUUCUUUGAUGCGCAAUGCUCGACUGGCGUUGAUUUACUGGACCCGCUCUUCCAAGCAAGCCAACAUCGACUCCUUGGUCAAGAUGGGCGACUACUACCUGUCUGGAACGGGUACACCCGUCGACGCUGAAAAGGCCUCUACAUGUUACCAUAAUGCCGCUGAAGCCCACCACAGUGCACAGGGCUAUUGGAAUCUGGGCUGGAUGCAUGAGAAUGGCGUGGCAGUAGACCAAGAUUUCCACAUGGCCAAGCGGUAUUAUGACUUGGCUCUCGACCUCAGCCCCGAAGCGUAUCUGCCAGUGAAGCUAAGCUUGAUCAAACUUCGAGCUCGAGGAUACUGGAAUCGUAUCACCAACGGGAACAUUAAUCCCAUCCAUGAGGAGGAAGACUCGAAACCCCGCCGCACCUUAAAAGAAUGGGUCAAGGCUUUCAUCGAGAACGACGAGGAGGGCUAUUACGAAGACCUUUACGAACAACAACGGGGAGAGGAUGAUGAAUAUCGUGCCUUGGAAUCUGAAGGCCACGACGAUGGCUACUAUGACGAUCUGGACCUCGAUAUCGACGAGGGAAUGCUUGAGGGCCUGCUGAUCGUCGGAUUGGCUGCUGUGCUGUUGGUUUUGGUUUAUUUCCGUCAACAGCAGCAGCGUAACCGACAGAAUGAGAACGCCCAUGCCAAUGCUAAUGCUAAUGUCAAUGCCCAGAAUGGAAAUGGGAACGCCAAUGAUCGUGGAUUAUUCCCUCAGCCUGGUGAUCCUGAAUUUGGGCAAUGGGUGGCAGGAGGAGUUGGUCAUUGA